AAUCUCGAAUGGUAGUGAAUGACGACUAUGAACACCCAGAUUAUCUAGAAUAUAUUCUAGAAUCCGUUCUGAUGCCCAGUGAUGAAAGCUUAGAUUUCAAUCUGUUAAGGAACGAUUACAACUCUGUGCUUUUACACAAAUGUCAAUGCGAUAAAGGCGGUUGUGCAAAUAACGAAAGAUGCUUACACGGAGGUGCUUAUGAGUACUGUCCAGAUGGAAAAGAAUUGAUUCAAAGGCAGACUAACGAAAAAGGCAAUAUCCCAAUUGUGGAGUGCAAUUCCUUCUGUGAGUGUCGGAUAGAUUUUUGCACUAAUCGACUUGUGCAGUACGGUCCAAGAGCAAAUUUGGAAGUAUUUAAUUCUCCGACUUACAAAUCAAAAGGUGUCCGCACGAAAGUAAGCAUUCCUUGUGGUGCCUUCAUCUGCGAAUAUGCAGGGGAAAUUCUAACUAUUUCUGAGGCCAAACGACGCAUAGUUACCAACAAAAAACUGGGAUCAAUGAAUUAUGUGUUAAUACUCAACGAAUACACUAAGACCGAUGACUGCUAUAAAGAUAAACGACAAGUCACCAUUAUAGAUCCUUCUCGACGUGGAAAUAUUGGACGCUAUAUUAACCACAGCUGUGACCCCAAUUGUCAGAUAACAGCGGUACGAAUAGAUUGUCCCAUACCAAAAAUAUGUGUUUUCGCAGCACGCAACAUUCUUGCUCAAGAAGAACUGUGCUUUCAUUACGGUGGAGAAGAUCGAUACGUAGAAGAUCAAGCAAGUGAUAGCAAGGCUUGCCUCUGCACUGCUGAUAGUUGUGCUGGUUUUAUGCCAAAUUCUGAAAUAAUAUAG